GAAUCUGACUCAGGUCUGGCAUCAGACCUGACAUAGAAGUACCCAUGAAGAUUCAAAGCUGAAUAAAACCUAGUCCGUUUUUGUUUUAAAACAGAUUACAGUGCAGUAAUGGUCAAAGGGUCAGAUACGUACAAUCUGAACAGAUACUUAAACCCCUCUUAUCAGGAAUGAGAAAGUUCUCUAGUGUUUUGCGACCAUAUAAUGUGAUGUUUUUCCUCUUUCUCCUGCUCUAUGUUAAUGCGACACACGGUUCAGGUCAUUUUGAUUAUCUUUUUGUGAACAGGGACUACAGUGUGGGUUCAUAGCGCGGACACUGCUGCCCUCUGCUGCUCAAUAUGCAAUAGUGCCGCCCGAAUGCACUUCACCGAUGAUUCGAUUUUCUGCUCGAAUUCAUAAGAAGAUCCGAGAUUUGUUGAUUGUUGGAAAAGGAAACCUCUGAGUACUUAGAUGACACAUGAAAAUAAAAAGACAAGAAGAAAACACUGUUGUUCACUGGCGCCUCUCGGGUCUGCGCAUGCGCUCUGAGGGGGGAAGGGUUACCAUGGUGGCACAUAAACAUGAAUAAAAGAAGGCUGAAGGUUAAAAGAAGCUCCGGAAACUGAAGAUGAGGUGAGGACGUGAAGUGAGGACGGCUGGAGUAAGGACACCUGAAGUGAGGACGGAUGAGAUGAGGACAGGUGAAGUGAGGACAGGUAAGAUUAUUGAACGAUUGAUUCGAUCAUGGCGUCUGAUGGAAAUGGUACGUGUGACGCUCCCUUGUCUGACUGUCUAAUAGAGGAUGAAGCUGAGAACGAAUUGCUGUGCUCCAAGCCUACUUGCUUCCUUAUCCUGGGAAAACCUGGGAUUGGGAAGUCUACCCUCGCCAGAAAUUUUGCCCAAACCUGGGGAUGUGUCCUCAUAGAUGACACAGAGUUGCUCAGCACUCACCUUCAUGAUGGUACAAAGCAAGCAAAAGAGCUCGUUGCCACCCUCGCUGGAGGAAAGAACAUUCCAGAGGAGAAGAUGAUGACUUUAAUUCUUGAUAAGCUCAACUCGCCCGAGGUGGAAAGCUAUGGCUAUGUUCUGUCAUGCUUACCAUCACUGUCUGAGGAAUAUCUAAAGAUCAGUGAGCAAAUCGAUUUGGUGAAAAAACUAAAACUUCCACCGGACUUCAUCAUCAAUAUUAAGUGUGCAGACACGGACCUGAUCAACCGGCUUGCAGGCCAGAGGCAGCACUUUGACAGGGAGCAGUGGGACUCACGUGUGUCAUCCGACAGUGAUGCAGAGGAAAAAAUUGAGGAAGAUGACGAAGAGGAGGAAGAUGAACAGGUUGUGCAGGAGGUGAAGGAAAAGAAUGACAUGCACACUCAAAGCCACUUGAGGGUAAAAGAAAAUUACCCAGAGGAGGCCUAUCGUAGGAUUCACCUUUAUACAGAAACCGUGCUCAUGCCUUCAGAGGACUUCAUGGCAGCUCAUGACCCCCGGUAUUUAUUUGAGCUUGAUGGAAACAAAGAUCCAGAAGAGCUUUUAGGGCAUCUAAUAAAUUGCCUAGACUUCAUGGCUGUGAGGAGAUCAGCAGUUCCUAUGCGAUUACUAUACCCAGAGGAGGAGGAACUGCAUAAGGAGAUGGACAAUGAAGAGCUGUUGCAAGUCCUUUCCUCCAGCAAGGCCAUAGCACCAGGCUAUUACUGGCAAAGGAGUCGAUGGUCCUGCAUUUGCCCUGUUGCCCUUAAAGAAGGCAAAAUACUAAAUGGCAAACCUCAAUUUUCUGUCAGUUUCCUGAAUAAAUUCUACCUCCUCUCCUCUGAAGAGGCUCUGCAGAAGUUCAUGGUGAAGCCAAGAUGGUACCUGGUCCCACCCAUGCCACGCCCACCCUGCAAAGUGUCUGUGAUCGGGCCACCACAGUCUGGAAAGAGUACUCUGAGUGCACUCUUGGCUGAGCAUUAUGGUGCUGUUGUGAUAGACAUGAAGAGGCUGAUGGACGAGGAUGAUAAAAUGAAGCAAGAACGGCUGGAGAAAGCGCAUCAGGAUGCAAUAAGUUCAGCCCUGGAAAAGGUCAAGGCUCAGAUGAUGAGCGAGAAUGAUUCUGAAAUGGAGGUCACAGAGGAUCACCCAGAAGUUCGAGCUCUAGUGGAAGAAGCCCUGAAAGAAUCAAAAAAGAUAUCAAUGGAACCAUCAGAUGAAAUGUGUGCAGAUGUCCUGAAAAAACGGAUCAGAGAGAUUCAGGCAGAAGAUGCCGAUGCGGAGUUUAAAAGGGGCUGGGUGCUGGACAACUAUCCCACCAACAAAACCCAGCUAACUUUCAUUCAGGAACAGCAUCCUGACCUUAAGCCUGAUGUGCUGUUCUGUCUCAGAGACAGUGAGGCAGAAGGCAGGACAGUUCUAAAAAGGAUUUACGAACAGAACAAGGAGCAGGUGGAUGCAAUUGUACUAACUCAAUUACAGGAGGAGAGACAGAAAGCAGCCGAAAGCCAAAACCCAAAGCAGCAGGUGCUGCACUCAGAAACGGACACCCAGCCAGACAUUGUUCUUUCGAAACUGGAGGUGGUGCCUGAGGAGCCUGAUGUUACUGAGGUGAUGUUACCUAGUACAUGGGAACAGGGCUAUCCUUCGGGCUCAGUGAUGGAAAUGUACAAGCUGCAGCUAAAAAAUUUUACCCAGGAAUGGAAUAGCAUGGAGUCCUCCAUUAGUUGCAGCUAUGCUACACUGGAGAUCGCCAACCAAAACCCUCACGUUCUGCUCCAGAACAUGAUUGACCACAUGGAGAGACCAUUUAAGUACAAGGCCCAAGAAAUGACCACCAUGGAUCUGGAUAAAGAACAGGAGGAGGAGGAGGAGGAGGAGGAUGAAGCAGAGGAAAAGAGCAAUGAAUUGAGGCUUGGGGACACUAAUAAGUACUGCCCAGUGGUGCUGAGGGAGAAGGGCACUUUGGUUCCUUGCACAAGUGAAAUUGCUGCAAAAUACAGAGAAAAAGUGUACUUCCUAUCUAGCAUUGAAGCAUGGGAGAAGUUCAUGCAGACGCCUGAGCUUUAUGCCGCAACUUCACAACUACUCAAACCUCCUCCCUUGCGUGUGUUCCUGCUGGGAGUGCGUGGCUCAGGAAAAACCACUCAUGGCCAAUGGCUGGCGCAACAGCUGGGUCUCUUUCAUAUCCAGUUCCACGAGCUGCUGCAAGAGCUGAUAGUGGCCAAGACUCAUACCCGCGUGCCCUAUGCUGAUGAGGUCGAGCCGCCUGAAGAGCCACCUGAAGAGCUGCAAAGUAUGCUGCAGGAACAUCCCCAGUCCACGGCUUCCCCCGUCAAUCCUGAGGAUGAGACUCCAGCACUGACAGAUGAAGAGGAACUCAUAAAGUCAUAUCUAUCCGAUGGAGAGCAAUUGCCACACGAUAUCUUAAAGAAGCUUCUGGCGCAGUUCUGGCAUCAUGAGCCAUACAAGUCGACCGGCUUUAUUCUUGAAGGUUUUCCUCAGCAUUUAGAAGAGGUGUCCUUUUUAGUGGAGAACCACUUGUACCCAGAUGCCACCUUAGUUAUGUCUAUAGAUGUCUCAGAAGUGGUGAAGCGUCUGCUGCCCCCACGACUCGACAGAUGGAGAGAGAAAUGCGCACGAAGGAGAGGGCAAAUGGAGUUACUAAAACAGCUACGCAGCAAAAUGAGGGAGGAGGCCAUUGCCAAAAGAAGAGCUGAACUUUUUCUGGAAUAUGCACCCAGAGAUAAGAACUAUGAGGAUGAGGAGGUGCAGGAAAUUAAAGGAGAUGAAGAGCAACUGAACUGGGAGCAAGAGCUAGAAGAAAGGCUGCUGGAGGAGUUUCCUGAGGAGGAGCAAGAGAACGGAGAGGAAGAAGAGUCCAAAGCCAGUGCAGAGGUUCGGAUAGGAAGAGAGAUCAGUGAGAGGUUUGACAGCGAUGACAGCAACCUCACAACAAUAAUGGAGCUUUUGGAUGAACACCGGAUUCCUCACCUGACACUCAGUGCUGACCGGAAACCUCACACUGUGCGAGCUCGGCUACUUAAGCGAGUCAAGCCUCUAGUUGAGAACAGGGAAGCUCUGUUUCAAAGGUGUCACCCCAUCAGCUAUGCUGUUGCACAGAAACUCCUGCACUUUUCUUACAAAUCCUACAGUGCCUUUGGGUGUCGGGAUCCUGUUCGGUAUGCAGAGGGAGAUCUGAUCCAGCAUAUGCAGGACCCCCUGAAUUUUAGCUUCCCUGUCCUCUUCCACAACUUCAUCUACUUUUUUGCUUCCAAGGAGACACGCAACACCUUCAUGACGAGCCCUAUCAAAUACCUCCGUCAGCCCAAGCCCAAGCCUUCUCUCCCCAUCAAACUCGCGAUCAUUGGUAGUCCAAAAUCUGGAAAAACCACAGUUGCUCGCACGUUUGCUCGUGAAUAUGGACUGGCACACCUAUCGAUCAGUGACGUAGUACAGACAGUGCUCAGCAACAACGACAAGACAGAGCUCGCCACUGAGACACUGAAGUACUUGAGCCAAGGCUUGACUGUGCCCGACGAACUGGCAAUUCAGUGCCUAGAAGUGGUCCUGCUGAAUGUAGUCUGCAGCACACGAGGGUAUGUGCUGGACGGCUUUCCCAUGACCAAAAGACAGGCUCACCUGAUGGCUGCUCGCCGCAUUAUUCCUUAUCGAGUGAUUGAGUUGCAGCUGGACACAGAGGAAAUACUGAAGAGAGGCAUGAAAGAUAAGAUGAAACCAAACAGGCCAGACCCCAUGCAUGAGGACACUCAGUUCCUGGACAUCCGGAUUUCGUGUUUCAAACGUGAGGUUGAGGCUCUCAGGACACACUUUAAUCAGCAGUACCGAAACUGGGUUCCAGUAGAUGCACACAAAAGCACUUGGUGGGUAUGGCAUCGGGUUCUGAACGAAGUCAAGAUUAGCGUGCGACACAUCCACAACUACUUAAAGAGAAUUCAUAAAGGCCAGGCUGCUAGCGUAGCGCAUCUGUGUAUUACUCCAAGUGAGCUUCAGUCUCGGCUGGGCGAGUUUGGUCAUUAUUGUCCAGUGAGCCUGGCUCUCCAUAAACACUUGGUUGACUGCAGCUUUGACGCUUCCCUGGAAUUGGCUGCAGAGUUCAAGAGAUGCUACUACAAAAUGGCAUCCAGGGAAUGUCUUGAGAAAUUUCUUGCGGCACCAGAGCAGUUCGUGGCUCCAAUUUGCCCUCAUAAGUUACCCCUUCCGCAUCUUCUUCCCCGUAAGAUGAGCGCAGGCCAGGUGAAGAGCUGCUUUCCUCAGCAGGUGGAGCUGAAAGGUUAUUGUUCAGUCACAUACCAAGAAGGCCAGCAGAGGUAUGAGGCUCUGGUUCGAGGCAGUGUGAACUUUGCAGUAGAAUACCAGGAGAAGAUCUACGUUUUUGAGACAAAGGAGAAACGAAAUACAUUUCUACGAUCACCUGACACCUACUGCAACCAGAACCUUCCUCGCAAACUUCCACCGAUGGAAGAGCCAAGGCAACUGACCUCGUUGCCAAUCCUGGGCUAUUUGGAACAGGGAGUCGCCAGAGCCAUCAUUAAAGGCAUGACAGAGCUGGGCAACCUCAAGCCAAAGUUUCCUUACCUCAGUGUGAGGAGAUCUGCUAUACUCUACCUGGUCUUAUAUCUAAAAGCAUAUAACGGAACAUCAAGAAGUUCUCAGAUGUACAAGAAGAAGCUGAUUCAGUACCAGGAUGACUGUGAACUCAUCUCCUAUCUGAGCUCCAUUUUGACACAAAAGUACAAACCCCUUCAUGAACUUCCCAUCGAUUUUAGACAUAAGCUUCACAGGUUUCUUGCCUUGAAGGACUCUGCUGAAACUGCAACAGGGCUCAUUUAGCUUGGAAGGAAUUAAUAUGACACACAGUGGUGGAUGAUGUGCACAAACCAUGUAGUUGAGUUAAAGUAGAGAUAAAAUAGAACUCCAGUAAAAGUUGCUCCCUUUAAAACUUCACUUGACUAAAAGAACAAAAGUAUUUGCCUCCAAAUGAAAUUAACUAUCCAAAGGACUAUGAUUUAUAAUGGCUUUAAUGUUGAUAUUAUAAUUUUUGUCACAAAAUUCUUUGCUUAAUCAACUUAUUAUUAUUUUUUUUUAAAAGACUCUAGUGUUACUCUCAGCACACUGAUCUAUUAAUAGAAUGAUAUUAAUGAGUCAAAUACUGAUUGAUAUCUAUUACAGUUUAAUUCUUUUGAAUACUGUUGAACUGACGCAGUAACGAAUUACAUUUACUUCGUUAUCGUCCACCACUGAUGAAGUAAAUAAAGAGCAGAACAUGACUGUAAUAAAUAAAAAUAUUUAACAUAUUAACCCUGUGUU